AUGGGUGUUACAGUUUUACAGCAGUAUCCUGUGCCUGAAAAUAAGACCGGUACUCACGUUAUAGAACUUUUGACGAAGCGAAUUCUUGCUUUAGGAGCGACUCAACAAGGACAGUUCCUAGUGGAUUGUGAAAGUUACCUAUCACACCCCCAGAUGGGCACAACAAAAACAGUCCACAUACUUCAUAACUCUGAACAACCAGCGUCCGUAUUCUCCAUUCUAGAAAGCGGUACAAAAAACAUUCAUGUCAUAGCCGAUGGUCUAUUUGAUUUACUCAUGAUGAAAUUAUCCCACCAGUAUACUUCUAAGAAACAAACCAAAAUUGAGAGCAAAGGACCACGGUUUGAACUCGGAGAUUUUUGUGUUAAACUCGGAUCAGUCACCAUGAAUCAGAACUUUAAAGGAAUUCUUAUUGAGAUAGAAUAUCGGCCCUGUGUCAUGGCAAAUGCUGUCUGGAGCCUGUUAAGAGAGUUCCUUCAGGGGUUGCUAGGACCAGCAGUACCUGUCCAGCCACCGCAACACCUACUAAGCAAAAUGAACGAAAUAUAUACCCCAAUAGACACCAUAUACCAGUAUCUAGAACAUUUUAGUGCUUACAGGAAAGUUACAGGAAUGAGAAAUUCUUAA